AUGAGGUUUUGGUUCUGCGCUACGUUCUUGCUAUGUGCAGCUACCUCGCAGACUAUCCUCUGGUCAACAUCAGACUACCGGUACCUUCUCUUGCUCGUGCCACCAUUGAACCCGCACUGGCUUGACGCAGCGUUCAGCUCACAAUGGCAGGACUGGAGGGUUGCUCUUGAUUCGGGCACCCUCGACGUCGUAGUCUAUGAUGACGCUAUCGCGAGCCCCGACAGUCUGCUGAACAGCAAAGCCACCUGGUGGUACCUGUUCCCGGAGAGCUUCCUUCGGUUGGGCCCCGCUGCUUAUCCUCCCCUUCAUCCUCCUCUCGCUCCCCUGCCUCCCAACGGAAGUGACAGAAGAGCAGCAGCGACGAACCCGACAUGUAACCUGAGCUCUCUCGUUCCUCUCACUUCGUUCACCGCCUCUCGCAGCAUCAUCAGCACCCGCUGCGGAUCGAAGCUUGGUCUCUUCGGAGCGGUUACCCCCGGCCGAGUCGUGCGCACUGCGACCUGUCUCAACUUCCUCCCCUCCUCCAAGUGGUUCCUCAUCAGCAAGAGGAACUCCGGAUACCUCAAGCUCCGUCCGGCCUCCGAGCAAGAUCUCGUCGGAGCUCUCUGGCACAUUGCUGGCCUUCAGCUGAGAGGGAAGUACUACCGAGGGGAGGAGAGGACCCGCCUCUCUCAAGUGUCCUUGCAGCUUCUACCGGGCAGCAGGACCACAGCUGGAGGGGAGAUCUUUGGAUGCUGCAGGAAUGGGACGUCGAGGCUCUGCUCCCGGGCUGCUGGAGAGUCAGUCUGCAAGGGGGAGGGAGGAAACGGUCAGGCAGCGACGGGGAAUGUUGACAGGAGAGACUGGGACGACGGGCGAUGGCCCAAGGAGGGGGCGGUAUCGUGCCCGACAGUCUCAUCGUGGCAGCCGAGAAUCUCGAGCUUCUGGCCCAGGAGGGGCCGAGCUGGAGGGGGAGGGACCCUAACAGUCUACGGGGAGAACUUCGGUCUGUACGGCAGCCGCCCUCUGAUCCGGGUGGGGCAGGAGGAAGCCAAGUGCGGGUACCCUCUGUCGCAGUGGACGGCAGGGAGCGCGCCCUCUGACCCGAUGCUCCUCCCCUCGCACUGCAGGGACGGGCUGCUCAACGGGGGAGAGGAUAAGGUAGACUGCGGAGGGGCCGACUGCCAGCCCUGUCAGCUCAUGCAGCUCAACGAGCACUGUAGCGAUGGGGUCCAGAACUUCGACGAGACUAAGGUGGAUGAGGGAGGAAGGGACUGUCUGCCCGAGCAUUGCUUCACAGCUGCUGUCGGGGACGAGACGGGAAACAACUGCGGAGGGUCCUGUCAGCCGUGCAACCCAGCCAGGCAGGAUGUCUCCCCGCAAACUUCAGUCCUCCUUUGCAGCAUCCCACCAGGCACGAUGGCUCGAGAGCCCCUCCAGGUCGCCAUCCCGCAGGGCGAAGUCGGACACGUCAUGCACACCUCCUGCGCCUCCUAUCUCUCAGCUGGGGACCUCCUUCAGUACGGCAGCGUGGAGAUGAAGUGGUCCAGCUUCUUGAAGCCCUUGACCGACACCUCCCAGCUGCAGGCCAGCUCGCUGGCCGUUGACACCGUCACGGGGGCGAUCUUCGUCUCCGGCUCCCUGCUCGGCUCGAUGGCCACAGGGACCACGAGGGGGGUCAGCUCGUUCCAGCUGGGGGAGGUCAGGGAGGCAGCUGGGGGGAGGAGCUGCUCUGCGGCUCUUCUACCGGGGGUUGUCGGGAGUUUUCUCGCUCGUUUCGAAGCCUCCGGCAGCUGCUCGUGGCUGACAACAGCCGAGCCCUUCACGUGCGUCUUCUCCGGUGACUGCACAGAUGGAAGGCUGCAAGACGGAGGGAGUCUCAGCCUUGACGACCUUGUCCUCUACUCGACGCCGAGCGGGAGGAGGAGGCUCAUCCUCUCCGGCGUCUUCGCCAAGUCUCCCGCCAUCCUCUACAACGUCGACCCCGUCACAGGGCUCAGCAUGAAGCAGUCAACAGCCCCUUCCUGCCCUUCACCCGUCUACAGGGUGGCUGACCCGAACUCCCGCCCCUCCUGCUCCUCCAUGCGCAUCGAUCGGAGCUUCCCUUCCUCCAGCGGCUUCAUCGCGGUCUUCACGGACACCGGCAUCCUCGAGCUGCUCGUCCAGGGCGUCGCCUCCUCCUCCUCCUCUUCGGCAGCUCUUCCUUCCCCCCUGAUGCUGACGCUCUCCCCCGCUAACGUCAUGCAGCCUCCUCCUCCCCUCGUCUCCUCCUUUCCUCAAGGAACCGUCGGAUCCCUCCUCUACUUCGCUGGUACCCUCAGCGUUCGCGCGAGCUCGACUCUGGUCAACAUCUCCUUUCCCCAGCUCAACUUUCAGUCCUCCCAGUCCUUCGCGGCAGCCGUCGCCUCCCUCCUGCCCUCCUCCGACUCUUCCGUUGGCUUCGUGGGAAAGGCCUUCUUCACCGAGUCCUCCUUCCUCCUCCUGUGGGUUCGCUUCCUCUCAGAUCUUGGCGCGCAGUCAGGCGUCAACCGCGUCAAGUCGUUCUCUGCCUCUUCCUCCUUCCUCGUCCUCUCCGCCACCUUCGGCCCUCCACCCUCCUCUUCCGUCAAGACUGUCAGUGUAGAGAGCUGCCAAGGAGGGAUACCCGGCAUGAGCGUGUUCUGUGCAGGAGGAGGAGGAGGAGGAGGAGGAGGAGGUCAGCUUCUUAGCUUUUCUCUGGCGGAGAGCUUCACCUACGAUGGACCGGCAGGAGGAUACAACAGCCUGGUGAUCUGCUUCAACGAGGACGGCAGCAUUGCCUGGAGCAAACGGCUGAGUCAGAUGAUCGUGAUUUCCUCCUCCUCCAUCUUCGAGGGCGUUCGCUUCCUCCGCAACCGCCCGGAGUUCACCAGCGACGCCUCCUCCGUCCCCUUCUACGCACCGAGCAUGGAGGAGGCGGUCAGGAGGUACGGGGAGGAGGCGAUCGACUUCACUGCCGUCACCUUCGUCGUGGUUGCGGGCACCCUGGGAUCGAGCGGGAGCAGCGAGCAGAGCUCGGUCUCAGCUGACUUUGGGGUGACGCGGCAGCCGCUGGGCUGCAGCAGGAGGUUCAAGGUGGGAGAGCAGGGAGGAGCCCCCGCAUCAGAACCUUGCAGCGGCUUCCUGCGGCCGCAGGGGACGGGGUCGGACUCGUUCCUGGUCAAGUACGAGGUCUCGUCGGGGCUGCCGGAGUGGGUGAAGCUGGUUGGGAGUGCGAAUCAGCGGGAGGAGGUGACGACGGUGAAGGUGAAGGAGGAGGACGGGAGCAUCGUAGCUGCGGGAACCAUGGUCACUCCGUUCCUCUCCUUCUCCCCUGGUGUUGCUCUGGAUGUGUUCGGGAUGGUGAGGAGCGGGAGGCCCAACGCUGCAGGAUGCAACGCGGUGUAUGGGAACGCAGCGAUCAUGAAGGCGGACACUGCGAGAUCGUCGACGGCCUUCGACCUGUCGUUGUCAGCAAUCAAGACGGCAUCGAGUGGGAGGAGUGGAUCCCAGCAGAGCACGGGAGCUGGAGCAACUGGAGCCCUCCUAGGACGUGCUCGCAGGAGGGCGAACUUUCAGGACCAGUGGGAGGUACUGGGUUGCUCUGCUGACGGCCUUGUCUGGGCGAGGACGAUAGCUACGGGGAAGAACAUUAUGAGCCUCCAGGAGUCGUCCGUCCCCGUCCUGUCCACCAGCAAAGAUGACAUAUGUUGA